UAUCGGGAAGGAUUUUAUGGUCAGCACAGUUGUACGUAGCUAACGAUGAAGCAAGUUACUAGUCUAGUGCUUUUGGUACUGUUCUGCACCAAUGCAGUGCUGGCAGGAAAGGCCAACGAAACUAAGGCGAAUGGAGCAUCACAAUCUGGACGCAUUAUCAACGGCUAUGAAGUGAACAUCGAUAACUACAGAUAUCCACUGAGUCUUUGGACGGACGGCAGUUUCACCUGUGGUGCUAGUAUUAUCACGGCUUCACACGCUCUGACCGCCGCUCAUUGUGUCGAUACGGUUGUAAGCAGCCCUUGGAGGGUAACUUUGUACGGAGGCAGUUCUUACCUCAAUAGUCCAGCCGUUCGAAUCCCAGUGGGUAGAAUAGCUGUUCAUCCUUACUACAAUCCCAGAUAUUCUUACAAUUACGAUGCCGCUGUUUUAACGGUGCCUUCGAACGCCUUCGCCGGCAAGCCAAAUAUGGCUGGGAUUGCACUCCAGAACAGUGAUGUACCUGCUGGUACACCAUGUUUCGUAGUUGGAUGGGGAAGAUACGCUCUUAACAGCCAAUCACCUUCAAACAGCUUGCGCUACACGAACUUGUACAUUGUGUCGGAGAGUGAUUGUUCUGCAUCAUUCCAAGUAACUUCAGACCAGGUGUGCGCCAGGAACUAUUAUAACAUGGAGACAUGCAGUGGAGAUAGCGGCAGUGCUCUCGUGUGUAAUGGAAGACUAACAGGGCUCGUUUCAUAUGGCUUGGGGGGUUCCUACGAAUGUACCAGCGCAGCACCAACAGUAUUCGCGAAGGUUCUUGGACCCAGCAUUCGUGACUUCAUUCGACGCCAAACGGGAAUCUAA